GAUGGCGAUUGCAUCGUUCUGCUUGAUGAUCUCCACACUGAGCAUCACUCCCCACAGAUCUCAGUUCUUCUCGUAUGAAAAAAUUUCUCUCAAGUGUGAGGCAAACUCCACUGGCUGGACAGUGAACAGAAGAACUAAGACACUUACUCCUGAGAAGUGUGCUCACGGCUGGGCACUCCCUGCGGAGUCCUCCUGCCUCAUUGAGGACUCGUACAGAUCGGACACUGGAGCGUACUGGUGUCAAUCCACCACGGGGGCAUGCAGCAACACCAUCAACAUCACAGUGACCGAUGGUGUUGUGAUCCUGGAGAGCCCUGUGUAUCCUGUGAUGGAAGGGGACAACGUGACACUUGGCUGCUCCUACAGGAAAGAUGAGCAAUCACCAAUAAAGUCAGACUUCCUUGCCUUCUUCUACAAAGAUGGUGAUUUCAUCAGGAAUGAGAGUUCAGGGAAGCUGACCAUCGAACGUGUGUCCAAGAAGGACGAAGGUUUCUAUAAGUGUCAACACCCCUCAGAAGGAGCGUCACCUCAGAGCCUGCUCACAGUGAGUGUUAGACAUAAGAAUCCAACUGCUCCAACCACUCCUCCUCCUGCUCCUCCUCCUCCCAUAACUUUGACCAGGCUGAUCGGCUUCAUCCUUAUGUUUGUCUUCUACACCGUCAUCCUUGUACAGGCUGUGCAUUUGUACCGAAGGUGUGCUCGAGCUCGAGCUGAUGGCAAAAAGAGAGCUUGUGUUCAUCGGGUACUGGAAUGAUGAGCAAUGAAGAAGAAGAAGAAGCAGAAGAGCAUUAUAUAAGCUAUUAGCUAUGCUUACAUGACAUUCAAUCACCAAACAUUGUGAUGUUUACUUGAUGUAGAGUAUUUCCUCUGUCAAAAGUAAAAUGUGUUCGAGUUCGAGUCCAUCUUGGGCCUUUUUGGAUGGAGUUUGCAUGUUCUCUCUGUGGGUUUUCUCCAGGUACUCUAGUUUCCUCCCACCUCCAAAGACAUGCUCAUUAGGCUGAUUGGUGACUCUAAAUUGACCCUAGGUGUGAGUGUGAGUGUCAAUGGUUGUUUGUCUCUGUGAUAGGCUGACGACUUGUCCACGGUGUACCCCGCCUCUCGCCCGAUGCCAGCUGGGAUAGACUCCAGCAACCCCCACGACUCUAGUUCAGGAUUAAGCGGUAUGGAAGAUGAGAUGAGACUUUUAAAAAAAUUCCUGUAUUCACAGCUAGUGAAAACCAGUUUUGACACAUUGUCUCAAUGAAUUGAAUAAGACGGUGGCUCCAAACUUUGUAUAUAUAAUCUAUUGGCUCUGCUUAUAUGACAUUUAAUCUGUAAAAGUUCUGUUUGCCAAGCUUUUUAUGUAAAGUAUAUUAUUUGCAUUUCCUCUCUAGAAUGUAAGAUGUCUUGUAUUUUUUUAUAUAUAUGUAAAUUGUCAACAAAUGAGUUAAUAAGUAAAAAUAC